GAUUUGACAGCCAAAUAGCAUGUAUAAUUGACGAUUUGACGUACUGGCAACAUAUUUUGAUAUAUAUUUUAAUCCAGGAAAAUUUUUACAAAAGGGACUUGUAACCAAAUAUCUUUGCAAUUGUAAUAUAUUACACUCUUUAACGAAUAAAAACACAGCUACAUAAUGGCGGAUUUCAUCGAAUCCGAAGCUGAAGAAAGUAGCGAGGAGGAAGAAUUGGAACCCCAUGAACGUAAAAAAAUCAAAAAAGUUAAGGCAAUGGAUGAUAGUUCUGAGGAGGAAGAAGAUGAUGAGGAAAGACUUCGAGAAGAGCUGAAAGACUUAAUUGAUGAUAACCCUAUUGAUGAAGAGAGUGAUGGUGAAGAUUCUGAUGCCUCUGGUCGAGAAAAGCGCAAGAAGUCAGAUGAUGAAGAUCUGGAUGAUCGAUUAGAAGAUGAAGACUAUGAUUUGCUUGAGGAAAAUUUAGGUGUGAAAGUUGAACGGAGGAAAUUUAAAAGAUUAAGACGAAUACAAGAUGAGGAAAGUGAUGGAGAAGGUGAAAAUGAUGCAGAACAAGAGAGGGACAAUAUUGCCAUGGACUUGUUUUCAGAAGAUGAUGACGAAAGACGGUCAGAACGCAGUCAAAGACCUCAUGUUGAGGCCGAGCAGUUUGGUGAAGAGGAGGACGAAGGAGAAUAUGAAUCAGAUGCAGAUGACUUUAUUGUAGAUGAUCAAGGGCGUCCUAUUGCCAAAAAGAAGAAGAAGCCAAUAUUUUCGGAUGCCGCUCUGCAGGAAGCUCAAGAAAUGUUUGGUGUUGACUUUGAUUACGAUGAGUUUGCAAAAUAUGAUCAAGAGGAAUAUGAAGAGGAUGAGGAUGAAGAGGAAGAUGAUGAAUAUGACGAAGACGAAGAAGGCGAAAGGCGACGCCGUCAAAAGAAGAUUGGCAAGAAGAGGCCAACCAAAAAAUCCAUAUUUGAAGUAUAUGAACCUAGUGAACUCAAGAGAGGUUUCUUUACUGACCUUGAUAAUGAAGUUCGCAACACAGACAUUCCGGAAAGGAUGCAACUUCGUGAUGUACCCAUUACUCCAGUUGCAGAUGAUUCUACCGAACUUGAUGAUGAAGCCGAAUGGAUAUAUAAGCAAGCCUUUUGUAAAACUACGGUCUCAAACACUGACUCUCAUUUAACGCAGGAAGCUCGAGAAAGACAAAAGAAAGGACCCCAAACUAUUGGCAAGAUUCGCAAGGCUUUGGACUUUAUGAGGAAUCAACAGUUAGAGGUGCCAUUCAUAGCUUUUUACCGGAAGGAAUAUGUUCAGCCGGAGCUAAACAUCAAUGAUCUAUGGAAAGUCUACAAAUAUGAUGCGAAAUGGUGCCAGCUAAAAACGCGAAAGGAAAAUCUCCUGGCGUUGUUUGAAAAAAUGCGUUCCUACCAGGUGGAUCAGAUUAUGAAAGAUCCUGACGCGCCCAUCUUAGACAGUGUCCGCGUAAUGAAAGACAGCGAUCUUGAACGUUUGAAGAAUGUACAAACCGCAGAAGAAUUGAACGACGUGUACAAUCAUUUCAUUUUGUAUUACGCUGGCGACCUACCAGCUAUGCACGCAGCUUGGAAAAUUAAAGAAAAAGAAAGGAAAAAACAAGAGAGGCGCGAAGCGCGCCUACGCGAGAUAGCGGAGAGCGAGGAGGGCGCGGAAAUCCCCGACGAGGUCGAUGAAAUCGACGACGAAGAGCCCGAACAAGAGACGAUCAAAUACGCGAAUCGGUCUGGCUCGUACGCGCUAUGCAGCAAGGCCGGUUUGGACUCGCUCGCCAAACGUUUCGGUUUGACGCCCGAAUACUUCGCGGAAAAUUUACGCGACAACUACCAAAGACACGAAGUCGAGCAGGAACCGACAGAACCGACGGAUCUCGCUCGCGAAUUCCUCUCCCCGAAAUUCUCGACCGUCGACGAAGUCCUCCAAGCGGCUAAGUACAUGGUGGCCUUGCAAAUCGCUAGGGAACCGUUGGUGAGAAAAUGCGUACGGGAGGUGUUCUUCGAACGGGCCAAAUUGAGCGUGGCUCCCACCAAAAAAGGUCAAAAAGUGAUCGACGAGGCUCACAACUGCUACAGCCUCAAGUACCUCAAAAACAAACCAGUGCGCGACCUCACUGGCGAUCAGUUCUUGAAGUUGACGCUCGCCGAGGAAGAACAACUGUUGACGAUGAAGAUCAGCGACACGAUCGAAGGUCACACGUCGAGCUCGUACUUCGACGAGGUGAAGCAGCUCUACAUACGCGACGAGUUCAGCAAAAAUGUGCAGGAAUGGAACUCGUUGAGGGCGGAGUGCGUCGAACGCGCCCUCAGCCGUUGCAUCAUUCCCGAUUUGCAAUUGGAAUUGAAACGAGUCCUGCUUGCAGAGGCCAAAGAUUUCGUGCUCAAAGCGUGCUGCAGGAAGCUCUACAACUGGAUCAAAAUCGCCCCGUAUUCCGUCGCGUUCCCCGACGAGGAGGAGGAAGAGUGGGACACAUCGAAGGGCACGAGGGUGAUGGGCGUGGCCUACGUGCCCGACUACUCGCAGUCGGCGUUCGCGUGCAUAGCGGCGCCCGACGGAGACAUCACCGACUACCUAAGACUACCCCAUCUGCUGAAACGUAAGAACAGCUACCGGCAAGAGGAGAAACUAAUGAAGGAGGCGGAUCUGAUGGCGCUGAGGAACUUUAUAUAUAACAAGAAGCCGCACGUGAUAGCGAUUGGAGGCGAAUCGAGGGAGGCCCUUAUGAUAGCAGACGAUCUUAAGACCAUCGUCAACGAGCUAGUGGAGUCCGAACAGUUUCCGACGAUCAAGGUCGAGAUCGUCGACAACGAACUGGCGAAGGUCUACGCGAACUCGAACAAGGGCACCGCCGACUUCAGGGAUUAUCCCGAAUUGCUCAGGCAAGCGGUGUCGUUGGCACGCAAGAUGCAGGACCCGUUGGUGGAGUUUUCGCAGCUUUGCAACGGCGACGAGGAAAUACUGAGCCUGAGGUUCCACCCGCUGCAAGAACAGUUGCUGAAGGAGGACUUACUCGAAGCGUUGUGCCUCGAGUUCGUCAACAGGACCAACGAAGUCGGCGUCGACAUUAACCUCGCGGUUCAGCAGGCCCACAAGAGUUACUUGGUGCAGUUUAUAUGCGGUCUCGGGCCUCGCAAGGGUCAGGCUCUGUUGAGGGUACUCAAACAGACCAACCAGAGGCUCGAAAAUAGAACGCAGCUGGUCACCGCUUGCCACAUGGGUCCGAAAGUGUUUAUUAAUUGUUCGGGCUUCAUAAAGAUUGAUACGAACAGUUUAGGCGACAGUACCGAGGCGUAUGUUGAAAUAUUGGAUGGUUCGCGAGUACACCCUGAAACAUACGAGUGGGCUCGAAAAAUGGCGGUCGAUGCGUUGGAGUACGACGACGACGAAGGAGCUAACCCGGCCGGAGCAUUGGAAGAAAUUCUGGAGACCCCAGAGAGGCUGAAAGACUUGGAUCUCGACGCUUUCGCUGAAGAAUUGGAGCGGCAAGGUUUCGGCAACAAAAGCAUCACGCUUUACGACAUAAGGGCGGAACUGAAUUCCCGAUACAAAGACCUGCGAACGCCCUUCAGGUCCGCGAAUCCCGAAGAGUUAUUCGACAUGUUAACGAAAGAAACCCCCGAGACGUUCUACAUCGGCAAGUUGGUGACCGCGUCAGUAAUCGGGAUCGCUCGCAGGAAACCUCAAGGAGAGCAGCUGGAUUCGGCGAAUCCUGUGAGGAACGACGAAACCGGCCUGUGGCAGUGUCCAUUCUGCCUCAAAAACGAUUUCCCGGAGUUGUCGGAUGUGUGGAACCACUUUGACGCUGGUUCAUGUCCUGGUCAAGCGACCGGCAUAAAACUUCGUUUGGACAACGGCAUCUCGGGUUAUAUUUAUAUCAAGAAUCUGAGCGACAAGUCGGUAUCGAAUCCGGAAGAAAGGGUGGGGGUGGGGCAGCUGAUUCACUGUCGCAUAAUGAAAAUCGACGUCGAGAGGUUCUCGGUGGACUGCACGUCCAAGUCCAGCGAUCUGCUGGACAAGAAUCACGAGUGGAGACCGCCCCGGGAUCCUUACUAUGACCAGGACCAGGAGGACAAGGAUCUAAUGACUGAGGCGGAGAAGAAAAAGGACAAGCAGAGGAAAACUUACAUCAAACGCGUCAUCGUGCAUCCCGCUUUCCAUAAUAUAUCGUACGCCGAAGCGGAGAAAUGCAUGGCGAACAUGGACCAAGGCGAGGUCAUCAUCAGACCAUCUAGCAAGGGCGUGGACCAUCUGACCAUCACGUGGAAGGUGGCCGAUGGCAUUUACCAGCACAUUGACAUCAAAGAGGAGGGCAAAGCGAACGCGUUUUCCUUGGGGAAAUCCCUGUGGAUUGGGACCGAAGAGUUUGAAGACUUGGACGAAAUCAUUGCCAGACACGUAAAUCCAAUGGCUUCGCACGCGAGGGAUUUGCUAUAUUUCAGGUACUACAAGGAUACUGGCGGGGGCCUGAAGGACAGAGCCGAAGAAUACCUUAAGGAGGAAAAAAAGAGAAAUCCGUCGAAAAUUCAUUAUGUGGUUAGCGCGUCGAAAAACUUCCCCGGAAAAUUUUUGCUCUCCUACCUGCCCCGGAACAAGGUGCGCCACGAGUUCGUCACAGUCACCCCGGAAGGGUUCAGGUUCAGACAGCAAAUGUUCGACUCUGUGCAGUCUGUAUUUAAAUGGUUCAAGGAACAUUUCAGGGACCCCAUUCCCGGGGGCACCCCGAGCACUCCUAGGAUGUUGAGCAGCGGUCGGACGCCUUACAGCGGAGGUUCCGGAAGCACCCCGUAUAACAGUACGACCGGAUGUUUAAGUUUAUUUCGCGGACGUUUUUAUCGAUUCGUUUCAGGUAUGGAGACCAUCCAGAGGGUCGCUCAGAAUCUGCCGAGUCAUAUGCUGCAGAGUUUGUCGGCGGUGGCGAACCAAACGCCCCACCAUCCACACACGCCGGGCGGUGGGUACGGCAAUUAUAUAACUACUCCGUACACUCCAAGCGGUCAGACUCCGUUUAUGACUCCAUAUCAUACGCCGCACGCCCAAACUCCGAGGUACGGCCAAUCAACACCAUCGCCGGUGCCGAGCAACGGUAGCGUGCAACCGGCUGCGCAGCAACCCCAAUUCCUACACCCGGGCUCCAUAACUCCAGCGAAUCGUACUCCGAGCUACCGAUCGAUACCCGCGAAUUCGCCGAUGAUUAGUCCACCCAGUUCGGCACCAAGCCCAUCAUCGAUGAGUUCGUACUCGAGCAUGAGCCGUAGGGGACCGCCUUCCAUGUCAGGCUACCACAUGCCUCCUGCAAGAUACGGCAACUCUGAAUCAAUGGAUUGGCAAAAAGCCGCCGAGGCGUGGGCAGCGAGAUCUAGAACGACGCCACGCAGCGAGGGUCGUAACACGCCUCGAGGUCAGGGCGGUCAACGCACGCCGAGGUUCGACGAUCUCCGAAGUGACCUCGAGAAAACAAGGAUGAAGAACGUGGGCAAGAGCCCAAGGUCAUUGCGGUCGACGCCGCGGACUAACGUAUCGCCGCACUCCAUGUCGUUGGGCGACGCCACGCCCCUCUACGACGAAAGUAUAUAAGACUACUUUCCUAUUAUUUGUAAGUAGGUUUAAACGAUCAUCUGUACAGUUUACGGUUUAACAUUUUAUCCACGCAAUUGCGGGCCGCAUGGAGUGUAUUUAUGUUUUCUCCCCAGUCUUUUUUUAUUUGUAUAUGCGAACCGUUUCGUAUGGCCGCCGUUCUUUUUUAAUUAAAUUAAACCCGUGUAAAA